CACCACCAGCAGGUGAGGCAGCAGCUGCAGGAGACAAGGGCGCAGCAGCAUGAGGCGGUUGAAGCAGCAAGGCAGCAGCAUGCCGUGGGGGAGGCACACGUCUCCGCCACUGCCACCACUCCCAACACCACCAGCACCCGCCUCGGGCCACCACAGGGGCCUCCCACUCCGCCGCCAUCGCCACCAGCGUCUGCCGCUGCGCCAAUCAAGCGAGACCAGCUGCUCGUUUGGGAGAGCCUCGGGACUUCCGAAAUUGAGCAAAUCAGGGCGUGCCAGGUGGCAGUGGCGCGGGCGCUGUACACCGCCGUGAAGGAGAACUGCCUGGCCGGGCCGACAGGUGGCGCCAGCAAUGGCAGCAGCAGCAGCAGCAUGGGCAGCGGCGGGUUGUUUCUAUCGUCCUCGCCGGCCAAGAGCCUCUCCCUUGCCUCUCGCAAUCGCCUCGUCGCCUUCCUCUGCACACUCUUUGGCGGCCCUGUGGCCGAUCACCCCCUCUGCAACUUCACGGAACCCUCCUCUGGGCGGCAGUUGAAGGAUCAAGCAGAGCUCUUGGAAUACAUUCGAGCGACUCACCGCACUCCAUCUCGGCGCUUCUCUGCCGCCCAGCAGUCUCUCUUCAUCCAAAUCCUCAUCAUGGCACUGCAGUCAGUCGUGCAGAAGAUGCCAGAUGAUGCCGUCCAGGCUGCCACCCGUCUGCUGCAUGCCUAUGACGAUGCAGUCGUCUCCUUUGAUGCGUCUUCCUGCCCCCAAGCCGACUUCACAGUGCUGUGGGACUCGACCUCCUUCGCCCGGCGGGCCAUUGCGGACGGCCAGAGGGUCACGUGGGUGUGGAAUGACGACAAUUACCACGAGCUCAGAGGGCCGGUGAGCUCAGAGCCGUUUCUUGGGUUUGGAGCAGGGAGGCUCGGCCUAUCACGGCUUGCCACGUGUGCAUGGGACAACAUCGGGCCCAGAGAUGCGAUGGAUGAGCCUGCGCCAUGCGUGCUGCGGUCGCCUGGCGACAAGGCAGGGGCGCAUUUCACGUACACCAAGGUGUUUGGCACGGCGCAGGACAUGACCGUCAAGGACUCGCCGCAGUUGCUCGCCUCCACUCUCCUCCGCGCCACCCCCCACCCAGCAGAGCCGCCACCAGCCACGUCUCUGCGGCCGUACGAGCAGCUGCUGGCCACGCGCUGUGCGCCCGCGUGUGCGCUGGCCAUGCUGGCCAAUGGCCGCUGCGACCCCGCAUGCAACGUGGCUACCUGUGACUUCGAUGGGGGCGACUGUGCCUGCGCCACUGCCAGCGCUGCUGGGGCUGGCAGCAGCAGUGGCAGCGCUGGAGCCGAUAUUGUGAUUCUCCAUCCUCCCCUAUUCUUCCCCCGCUGUCCCCCUCUGCUCCCUCCACCUGUGCUGUGCGCCACCCACCGGGGGGAUCUGGCGUGCUGUGAGGCGGCCGGGGUGGGAGAGGGCAUCAAGGUGCCCUUCAGGCUGCGCCGCUUCGGCUCCACCGUGCAUCCCCUCGACGCCACUCCCGCCACCAAUGCCUCUCUGCUGCCGCGCACUGUCUCCCAGUACAACAGGUGCCGCACUGUUUCCCAGUACAACAGGUGCCACACUGUCUCCCAGUACAACAGGUGCCGCACUGUCUCCCAGUACAACAGGUGCCGCACUGUCUCCCAGUACAACAGGUGCCGCACUGUCUCCCAGUACAACAGGUGCCGCACUGUCUCCCAGUACAACAGGUGCCGCACUGUCUCCCAGUACAGCAGGUGCUUUCACUGUGUUAUGCUUCCUCUCCGCAUUUCGUCUCUCUGCUUGCUGCCCACCCAGUUACUUCCUUCAAUGUCAGGCCUGACCACUGUGCUGCGUGCUCCUCUCACUCACUCUGCCAUGCGCUGUGUUCCCCUCUGUAUGUACCGUGCGUGGCUCGCGUGUGUCGCAUCCCGCAGUGUGCUCGUGGGGCUGGUCAUCGUGCAGUACCGCUGGAACUCCGAUCGCUCCCACGUCCACCAGUCCUCUCCUGCCUCCUGCAGGUUCUCCAGCCCCCUGCACCUUUUGAAUCAGGCCCCUCUCACACAGCUUGUGUACAUACCCACAUUCACCAUUCCUCUCAUUCCUCCCCUCUCAUCCGCCGCUCCCCCCUGCCUCACCCGGCGUGGCAGGUUCCACUUCCAGGACGCAUGUGUGGGGGGGGAGUCGUCGAGGGCGUUUGGGGUGAACCCGGUGUUCCUGCCGUCCUCGUCGCUCUACAACCCCAAUGUCGCCGUCAGCAACACCACUGCCUUCACCAACCAGCCCUUCGCCAACCCCUUUGAGCUCAACGCCAAGGGGCUGCCCUUCGGCUUCCAGCAGCUCGUGAGUCCCACCUCGCCUUCACCCAUGCGCACCACCUCCCCCUCCAGUCCAGACCCCUUCCUUCCUUUGCCCGGCAGCGGGCGCUUCCCGAUCGUGUUUGACGUGAAUCUGGACAACGCGGGGGCAACGCGGCGGCUGCAGUACUUGGUGGACGGCUUCUUCAUCGACAACUACACCCGCACCAUCCACGUUGGCCUCAUCACCCGCAAUGCCAACGAGCAUCUAUUCACGGCCACCAAGGCCACCCUGACGGUGCAGUCGGGCGGCAGCAUGGAGGCGUCAUUCCAAGUGCAGCCGGUGAACGUGGAGUACUACAACAUGAAUGAGAGCAGCAACGUGCUGCGCCUCGUGGUCGAGCUGCUCUUUGUGGCCGCGGUGGCGUGGAGCAUCGUGGAGGAGGUGAAGGAGAUGCUGUGGACGUGGAAGGUGCAGCGCCGCUCCUUCUGGCACUACACAAGCAAGGGCUGGAACUGGGUGGACUGGCUCUCCAUCGCCCUCCAGAUCACCGCCAUCGCCAUCUGGAUAUCAGUGGCGGUGACGCGAGCACAGGGGUUCACCAUCCAGCCUCACUACGACAUCUACUACACGCUCGGCGACAACCCGCGCUACUGGUCGCUGCCCAACCCACCCGUGGGCUAUCAGGCCGCCAUGUCAGCAGUGGACACGCUUGGCUUCGUCACCAACCUCUGCGCCGUCUACUUUGCCCUUCAGGGCAUCAAAACGCUGUUAUCUGUAGCCCGCAUCACAGCACGAGCACAAAAGGCUUCUCCCCCGCCACAUGUAUCAUAUCGGUGGUCGUGCUUGCCUUGCCUUGCCCCAUGGUGCAUGCCACCAUCCGACCCCACCAGUGUGUUCAUCAUGGUGCUGCGCCUCUUGAAGCUGAUGGACUUUCAGCCCAACAUGGGCAUCAUGACUCGCUCCCUCCGAGUCGCCAUGCCGUCUCUCCUCCACUUCUUCAUUCUCUUCUUCGUUGUCUUCGUGGCAUACGCCACCUACGGCUACCUGGUGUUCGGGAUGACCUUAGUACAGUUCAGCACGCUGUGGCUGUCCCUGCAGACCUGCUUCUACAUGAUCGUAGGGCAGUUCGGAGUGUUCUGGUUCCAGCAGAUGGUGGGGUGGCAGUACGCGGCGGCCAUGGUGUUCUGGUUCUCCUUCGUCAUCAUCUUCUGCUUCAUCCUCUUCAACUUCCUCAUCGCCAUCAUCGUGGAUGCCUUCAUGGCCGUCAAGGAGUCGACGGAAAAAGCACCGGCAAUCUACCAGGAUAUGUACUUGAUUGUGGUGCGCUUCGUCCGCCGCGUGGCAUCGCCGUACACAAGGUACAGCCGCCUGCUGCGCCACCUCAUUCGCCUCGGAGCAGAGAACACCGCCAAUGCGGUCAUGGAGGUGAGCGGCCCGGCCAGGGAGAAGAGCCUUCGACAGUCCCGCCAGCAGUGCUUUGCGUCGAGCCUUCAGUGCGGCAAGGAAACGAGAGGCAGCAGGCGUGAUACUGAUGGGGGCAGGCUGGAGGAUGCUGUUCGUGAUGGCAAUCCGGGGAUGAAUGGGGUGGAGGUGGUGGGAAGAGAGGGAAAAAUGGAUCCUUUUGAGGCGCAGCAACAAGUGUCAGCGAUGGUGGGAGCAGAUGAGACUAACUUAAGCCGGGCUGAGAGCAAGAAGGGGGUGUUGCCGAAUGGUGGGGUCGCCAAGUCCCUGGCAGCCGGCAGCACCAACACUCAGGUGGACGCCCAUGCUUCCACCACCCCUGCUGCUAAUCCUGGCAGCACCGCUGCAGGUGAUGCUGGCAGCACGGGUGGCAGCAUGGUGGAGCCGGCAGUGCAGAGGCGGCGGAGCUUCUGGCGGCUGAAAACGCUGGAUGAGCGGGAGACUGUGGUGGUGGUGGGGGAGAGGCAGCUCAACGCCCACUCGCUCUCUUCCAUCCUGCGCCGCGCACACGCCCGCAUGACUCCUUGCCUUUCUCUCCCAUGCCUCUCAGACUCCUUGCCUUUCUCUCCCAUGCCUCUCAGACUCCUUGCCUUUCUCUCCCAUGCCAUGCCAUCCCAUCCGCCCCUGCAGCGGCUCUCUCUCUCCGACGAGCAGGAGGGGGACCCCAUGGACGUGGCAGCGCUGGGGGCGGUGCUGCUGUCGGAGCUGGGGGAGAGCGCGCCGCCUGCCGACGCCACGGCUGCAAAUGGAGGCGAGGCGGCAAAGGAGGGCGACCUGCUGGCCAUGCAGCAGCACGUGGAGGCGCUGCGGGCCGACGUGGCCCGUGGCUUCGACCAAGUGAGGCAGCAGCUCACCACCCAAGUCCAGAGCUCCCAUUGCAACCAGUUGCCACAGGAAGCCAGUCCGAGCCUGCUCCCGAACCCGCUAGGCAAUGGUUCGGAGGAGGCUGGGCAGGAGGUGUGGCAGCAGGUUUUGAUGCAGGUGGAGAAGAUUCGGAAGGAGGCUCAGAAGGAGCGAGAAGAGGGUAUGGAGAUCCUGCAGGAGCUCAGAAGAGAGUUGCAAAUGCUGAGGGCAGCGAGAGAAGGGAGAGAGAGGGGAGGAGAGGAAGAGAAAAGGGAUGGGAGUGGGGGAGGGGCAUGA